AGAGGCAGCCUACGUCUUUGGCUCCCAGGAAACGUUAAACGCUCUAAGAAGACUUCAGUUUCUACACGACGACACAGAUCCAGCAGACGACACACGCGAGAAUAACGUUCGUCUCGAGGACUAUUCGUGGGCCUGAUGGGAAAUUGUAUGGUCCAGUAUCAACCCAAGAGAAGAGACCAGCUAACGAACUAGAUGAGAUAGACUGUGAUGCCGAGUAUGCUGAAGAGGACUUGCUGUGUUGGGCCCUGCAGGUCUAGACUGUGUAAAAGGUUUCCCACUCUACCUGCGUUCGUCGUUUGUUACGGGAUUUCUGGGAUCUGGACAAUGGCCAUGGGAUCUUUGCUGGGGUCACAAAUCACGUCAAUAGAGAGACACCUGGGGAUCUCAAGCAGCAAAACAGGUCUGAUCAUGAGUAGCAACGAGAUAGGCUACCUGGUAGCCGUCCUGUUCGGCAGCCAUUUUGGCAAAUACCUGCACAUCCCGAGACUGCUGUCUGUGUCCGGGGUCAUCUUUGGGGUCAUGGCCAUGGUGAUGUCACUGGGGAAGUUGAUGCAGCCCAAGGUCUGGCAAGAGGCCACGGUGAUCAAUUCCAACCCAAACGGUACCGAAAACGGUUUUACGAAGUACCUAUGUCUACCGGAAAACAUGGACGACAACAUCACUUCCGGAACAAACUUAACCGACCUUGACCUCUCGGAGCCCAGGCCGUACCCCUCUGGCGCCGCCUCCAGCCCAGCUGCCCUGCCCUGGGCCUUCUGGGUGUUUGUCCUGGCUUCAGUGGUCUGUGGGAUGGUGAAAUCUUACAGGAUCCCCCUCGUGACACAUUACGUGGAGACAAACAUUAAGGACAAAACAAAGUCUGGACUAUAUUUGGGAAACUCCUUCACCGCUAUGAUUUUGGGCCCACCAAUUGCAUUGUUGCUGGGAAGUUUUGUCAGUUCACUUCCGGUUGACCUCAGUGAUACAACAAUGUCAAAAAGUGACCAAAGAUGGAUUGGCGCGUGGUGGCUCGGUUUUGUCAUAGUAGGCGUGGCUUGUUGCCUGUUUUCUCUGCCGAUCGCGUUCUUCCCAAGACACAUCAGGCUUGCCAAGUUGGACAAGAAGGAACACGAGAAAUCGAAACUAGGCAAACUUCAGGCUGUCAAACGGGCAUUUUUAGAAAUGCCGAAGUCUCUGUGGCGAAUGUUCCGCAACCCCCUGUACGUGCUGUGUGUCGUGUGCUCCGUGAUUGAGGGCAUGGCCUUCUCCGGAUGGUUCGCUUUCUCGCAGAAAUAUAUCGAGACCCAGUUUAACAAAACCUCCCAGCAGGUCAGCUUAACCACAGGCCUGAUUAUCAUCUUCUCCCUUGCUAUUGGAACAUUUCUGGGAGGUUUGAUCACCUCCCGGCUCAAGCUUGCAUUCCGCGGGUGCGCCAUCAUCACGAUGAUCAUCGCCGCAGCAACGCUGGCACUGGACUCGACAUACCUGGUGUUCGGGUGCCAGAACUCGGACGUUGUCGGACUGCAGAGUCAAAUAAGCAGCGCCGCCUGUGGCUGUGGUGAUGACGUGUUUCUCGUCUGCGGCGACAACAACCAGGAUUACCUGUCCCCGUGUUUGGCUGGGUGUCUCAACUCUACCAGCAAGAUUUUCAACAACUGUACUGAGAUCAAUGGAGGAGGUUCCGCAAGACCCGGCCUGUGUAGUUUAGACUGUCCUUUCUUCAUUCCAUAUAUGGUCAUCUUCAGUGCGGGGAUGCUCUUGGGGACGACGGGAAUCGUUCCCGCCUACAUGAUGAUCGCUAGAUCUGUCGCUCAACAAGACCAGGCACUGGCAGUUGGGGUGUCGUAUUUCUCUACAACUUUAAUGGGGGUCUUACCGUCACCUAUACUGUUUGGUAAAGUGAUAGACAGCACUUGCCUGAGGUGGUCAGCAGAAGGCGGGUACUGCAUGUUGUACGACAGAGAGAUGUUCCGGUACCUGAUCAACGGCCUUAGCCUCGGUCUGAGAAGUGUUCACAUCCUGGUCCUGUCUGUGGUUCUGUUGCUGGUCCGCUACGGCAGGGGAACGGCGGGAAAUGUGACGUCAACAGAGACAAAAACAACGAAUAUUGUCAAAACACGCGGAAAGAAAUGAAACAAACAAAAAAAAUUGAACAAUACAAUUAAUGGUAUUCAAGUUUUUUACGGUGCCCUGGGAAAAUAUUUCUCAACAGAUUUUUAAAGUACAACGAUUCAAAUAUUUUAUUGUUAUAUUAAUUUAUGCUGUUCUGCUUUAUAAGUUGAUGUUUAAAUGGUUUAAUAAAAACAAUUAUUGCGUUAAAAUUGCGCCGUUUGAUUGAGUCUUUGAAAGUUUUAAACUGAGCUUUAAGCGGUUAACUUGCUCCCCAAAUUUUAAAACUUAAAUUACUGAUCC